AUGUCGUCAACUACUACCGUCACGCGAGAGUCUGCGAUGAUUCCAGAUCAACAGCAGAGCUCACUUGACCAGCAGGCAAGGCGACAUGUGAAGACCACAGUGAACUACUGGAAGUCAGAUGCUGAUCGCACACCUGCCAUGGACAAGUCGAAGCCGUUCCUAGACCGAAAGAUGGCGUUCGUCAGAUAUCAAAUGGACCACGAAGAUGUCCAGCCGGUCCUCGUCCACGAUAUACGAGGUCGAGAGGAUGACUUCACGCUGGACAAACAAGGCUUUCAACUCUGUCGUCGCCAGAUACAGACGCAGUCGUUUACGGACGAAGAACACAUCAAGGACUCAUACUACAAAGAAGUCGAGAACCUGCUGAAAGAGACCACCGGCGCCACCAAAAUCCACAUCUACGACCACCACAUCCGCUCCCUCUCCUUCGAAGCCAGCCUCACCGCCCCACCCAUCGAAGACUCCCUCGACCUCCCGGGCCCCGUCCGCAGCGUCCACAUCGACGACACCCCCGCCUCCGCCCGCCUCGUCAUCCGCAAAAACUUCCCCCCAUCCGAAGCCGCCCACCUCCUCGCCACCCCCUUCAGCCUCAUCAACGUCUGGCGCCCCCUCGCACCCGUCCGUAAAGACCCUCUCGCCCUCGCCGACGCCCGCACCGUGCAACCCCACGGGCGCGUCGAAGCCCUCCUCCCGACGCCCGACGGCGAGGAUAUCGCCAUCUAUCAGAUCCGCGCGAGCGCGGAGCAUCGCUGGUGGUUUGUUAGUGAGCAGCGGCCUGAGGAGGUGUGGCUUUUUAAGAUUUUUGAUAGUGAUGAUGAGGGGGGGUUCUUGGGGGUGCCGGAUACGAGUUUUGUGGAGAGGGGGACGGAGGGGGCGGAGGUGAGGGAGAGUGUUGAGGUUAGGUGUUUGUGUUUUUUUGAGGGGAAAGGGGUAUAG